UACAGGCUAUAUCAAAAUCACCUAAAAAAAAGUAGGCUUGCAUAUUUCGUUUUAGGGUGUAAAUUUCCCUACAAAAGCACGGUAAUAAUCAUGCUUCCACCCGCCUCGAGCAUCACAGUCCGUGCAACAGAGAGGCGGGGAGGGAGUACACUUUACAGCGUGCACAGCCCUCAGCUUUCUCAGUCAGUUGCACCAACGGGACAACAGCUGCGCCUCUCCAGAGUCAAUCUGUCCGCCUUACGCACAGUCAUGAUUUUGACGUACAGGUGAACUUCUUAAGCUCAUAACGCGCGUCGACCACAACUCCACAACGAAAAGUGUUUUUAACACAAAGAAAACAAAAGCAAGCCACAUAUCGUUCAUUAUUCCACGCUGUCGUUCUGUUUUAAUUGCCGGAAGCUGUACAGGUUAUCAGAGCCAUGUCCAGGAAGAAGGCAGUGAAGGGCAAAGGGAGCUCCAAGAGCCCAAAGGCGUCUCCGAGUCCCGGGCGGACGGGGAAAGGUUUGGCCGCCGCUGCUUCUCCAUCCUCUGGAUUGGUUUACCCGAGCAGACCGUCCAUCAGCAACAGCGGAGAGUUUUAUGACAUCGCUUUCAAGGUGAUGCUGGUGGGGGAUUCAGGUGUAGGAAAGACCUGUCUGCUGGUGCGCUUCAAAGAUGGAGCCUUUCUAGCCGGAAGCUUCAUCUCCACGGUGGGCAUCGACUUCAGGAACAAAGUCAUGAGCAUUGAUGCUGUGAAGGUCAAAUUGCAGAUUUGGGACACUGCUGGACAGGAGCGUUUCCGGAGCGUCACACAUGCCUACUACAGAGAUGCCCACGCUCUCCUCCUCUUGUAUGAUGUCACCAACAGAGCAUCCUUCGACAACAUCAGGGCAUGGCUGACAGAGAUUCAUGAAUAUGCCCAGCAAGAUGUGGUCGUCAUGCUGCUGGGCAACAAGGCUGACUCAACACAUGACAGAGUGGUGAAGCGUGAGGAGGGGGAGAGACUGGCAAAGGAGUUUGGAGUGCCCUUCAUGGAAACAAGUGCCAAAUCUGGACUGAAUGUGGAGCUGGCCUUCACUGCCGUGGCCAAAGAGCUGAAGCACAGGACCAUGAAGGAACCCGAUGAGCCGAAGUUUCAGCUGCAGGAGUACGUGGACAAGGAAAUUAGGACCGCUGGCUGCUGCCGCUCGUAGACAACGUCCAUGUGUGUCCAUGUUUGUGGGUGGAUGUAAGAAAGAAGCAGGUACAAUACAUGAGACUAGACGAUGUGCCUGGGAAUGUCAGAAAUUUUCAGUGUUAGUAAUAUUUCUCUGUGAAUAUGAUACCAAUAUGCUCUCUCAACAGCCCACCUGUCCUCUGCAACUGUGAAUGUAUUAUACUUCCUGUCCACAUGCUUGCACAUACACAUGCAUGUCCACACAGACACACACUAACACGUCCAUGAGUCGUCUUCACAGCCUGGUCAAUCAAUCCUGCCCAGUUUUCAAUAAGUGAUGUAGAUAUUUUAAAUAUGGUUUUGAUCUGUCCUCUGAAAGCUUUGUAGUUUAUAACAACCUGUCUUGUUGGCAAAAAGCAAAAACAAAAAAAAGACGAAGAAUGUGAACAUAUAUGUUGUACUGUUUAUUAAAUCAAUCUCGUGACGGUAAUGAAAUGUACACACACACCUGCACCUGAUGAAAGCUGAAAGCACCAUGUGCUGUUUGAGUACAGGUUAUCCUAUUUAUGAAACUAACUCUUAUGUGUCCGUGAAACAUGAUCUGAGCCAUUUACCUUUUAUAUAUACACUUCAGUUUAAGUUUGACUUUGAAGCUGCGUGAUGCAGAUUACCGUUACUAAACCUUUUAAUUAUUCGUAAGACCGUGUUAAAUGUAUAAAGCUACAUCAUCAGAAAAAACGACACUUUACAGAUUGUUAUUGAAAUCAUUGUUUUUUCGCUUUAUUGCAAAAACACAGAGGGAGACUUUAAGAUAAUUUAUCUUCUGCAUGUAAAUCCAUUUCAGAGCAUCAACAUGCAGCCAAGCAGACGGCUGUGUUUUUAUCGGAUAAAGCAUGAGCCCACUCUGGAAAUCUGCUCUAAACCUUGCUAAAUAAAUAAAUAAAGAUGCUUUUUUCUGUUCAGAAUUCACUAUGAUCUGUAAGAUGCCUUUUAAAAGUCUAAAACCUAAUUUAACAAUUUUCAGUCCACUUAAAUUAGACAAAAAAUAAUGUGAGAAUAAGAAUCCAUUUUUAUUACCUUAGAGAUUUUUUUUCUUUGAAAAGGUCCUCUUUGUUCUUUCUUUCUUUCUUUGUUUAUUUAUUUAUUUAUUUAUUUGUCUUUGUUCUACUGGAGGCCAUAACUAAGAGUUGGCUUUAGGUAGAGCCUUCUGUGUUUUGUUUUAUUUUGUUUUGUUCAUUUUCUUAUAUACUUUGAAACCCAAGAGUUUAGUUGGUGACAUCUACUGGUGAAACUGCGCAUUGCAUCUAACUAAACUUCAUCUACGUCCUACAUCCAGCAGCUCAAAUCCAUCACCUAUUAAAAAUCCAGAGUUGCUCCAAAUACACCUAAUCUUUGUGUUGGACAUAUCCUUUAGAUUUCCUUCAGGCUGAAUAUUGCUAAUGUUAAGAGAGAUUGUAUUAGUUUCUCUCCAUUUUUUGUACAUAUUUAAAUGUUAAAAAACUACAGCAAGUAGAAUCUGGAUGUUGUUUUUUGUUUUUUAUUCCCCACUAGGCUACGGUACAUUGGGGAGGGAAAUUAAUUUCAACAAGUGAGCUGCAGAGUAGUAUUGACAGUUUGCUUAACUUUGAGGAAUGUUUGGUUCAGGGAUUUUUGUCAUGUCUCUACUGGGGUUUUGUAGUACCCACCACUUGUUGGGGAUGAAACCAGAAUGAGUCGAUCGUUGCGGAAUUAAUGUUGGAUUGAGGUCCAACCCACAGUGGACUGGAAGUUGAUGCCAGGUUGAGGGACAGAGGUCUGCUGUCACGUGAUGGUUUAAACCUUUAAGAUGUUUUCACUCUUUGUUUUCUUUCCCCUAUUACACAGAAAACUGUUUUCCACGUGCUGUAUCAAAGAUGAUUUCAUGAUCUCUCUUGAUGUUGUAAACACUGUUUGGUGUAUCUGAAAUGACUAAAAAGUAUUUGUAAGAGUUUUACAAUAGUUCAUAGAUUUUGAAAAUAAUUUAUUAUUGUCAUUAACUUGUAAUCUGUAUCUUAAAUGAGAUUAUUUGUAUUGAUCUCUUGUGUUUCAAAUAAAGAAUCAAUCAUAAA